UGUAGCGCUCCUUUUAUGGCUCAGCUCACGCUGGCUGCAUAGGAAGUGGGGUGCGCUGGAAUGUUUUCUGCCACUUAUUUUUAAAGUAUUAAUGCUUUGCAUUUUGAAGUGAAAGCUAAGAUUUUUAUUUGUGGAAUGAAAUAGAAUUAGCAUCAAGGAGUCUUCGACUAUUCGAGUGCAAUCUACAAUGGGGAAAAGGUUUGCAUGAAGUAACACUGGCAGAUGUGAUGUGGGAGCUUUAUGGAUUUACAGAAUUACUACUUCUGUUGAAUUUCAACUGCAGAACCCAGAUGUUCUGGAUGUCACCUGCUUACGCUGGUUUGUGUGUCCCCUUCCUGACGGACUGACGCCGCUCUCCAUUGGAGCAGCUCAGGAGGCUCCCAGGGCCUUGUGCCCCUCACAGAGAUUGUUCUGUUCAGAAAAAGAUGAACAAACUGAACUUCCACAAUAACAAAGCUAUGCAGGACCGCCGCUGUGUCUGUGUUUUUCUUUCAAAUGAUGACACCCUCAACAUCAUUGUUAGUGUAAAAACAUUAUGUCAAGAGCUACUUGUCCAGGUCUGUGACCUACUCCGACUGAAGGACUGUCAUCUCUUUGGACUCAGUGUCAUUCAGAAUAAUGAACACAUUUACAUGGAACUGAACCAAAAGCUGUCCAAGUACUGCCCAAAAGAAUGGAAGAAGGAGGCCAGUAAGGGAAUUGACCAGUUUGGACCACCAAUGAUCAUACACUUCAGGGCUCAAUAUUAUGUUGAAAAUGGAAGAUUGAUUAGUGACCGGUCAGCUAGGUACUAUUACUAUUGGCACCUUAGGAAGCAGGUACUUUUGUCCCAAUGUGUCCAGAGGGAAGAAGCCUACUUCCUUUUGGCGGCUUUUGCACUACAAGCAGAUCUGGGAAACUUCAAGCGUAACAAGCACUUUGGAAAAUACUUUGAACCUGAAGUCUAUUUUCCACCAUGGGUGAUUGCAAAGAGAGGAAGUGAUUACAUCCUGAGGCACAUCCCCAACAUGCACAAGGAUCAGUUUGCCCUCACUGCCUCUGAAGCCCACCUGAAGUACAUCAAAGAAUCAGCUCAGCUGGAUGAUGUCACUGUGCACUACUACAGACUCUACAAAGAUAAAAAAGAAGUUGAGGCCUCCAUGACUCUUGGAUUGACCUUGCGAGGAAUUCAAAUCUUCCAGAAUGUGGGAGCUGUGAGACAACUUCUGUAUGAUUUCCCUUGGACAAAUGUGGGGAAACUGGUGUUUGUGGGAAAGAAGUUUGAGAUACUCCCAGAUGGGCUACCAUCAGCUCGAAAACUGAUCUAUUAUACUGGCUGCUCCAUGAGGUCGCGACACCUUCUGCAGCUCUUGAGUAACAGUCACCGUUUGUAUAUGAACCUGCAGCCUAUUCUAAAGCAGGUUCGACGACUGGAGGAGAAUGAAGAAAAGAAGCAGUACCGUGAGUCAUACAUCAGCGAUGCCCUAGAGCUGGACAUGGACCACCUAGACAAGCGCUCCCGGGCCAGCGGCAGCAGCACUGGAAGCAUUUCACGGCACAUGUGCCUUUCCCGCCACUCCAUGGUUAGCCACGGCAGCUCUCACACGUCAGGCAUUGACACAGACAGUUUCCGCAAGCUUGGGCAGCCUCUGCGCCACCCGCUGCAGACCUGCGGCAGCUCCAUCAACAGCCAUGAGAGCUCGCACACCUCCGGGAUAGACAGUGGGGGUAAAGAGCAGGCCCUCGAUGAUGAUGAAGUUGAAAUGCUGGUUGAUGACCCCAUGGAUUAUGAAGGACUCCAUGAAUUAUCUCUGAAGCUCACCCAAGACAUGGUCAUACACAUUACAGAGGAAAUGCUAUUGCCUGGUUACUCAGGUCUCAUUGUGAAGGAUAUUAAUUCUUCUACAUCCAGCUCCUCAGAGACAGUAGUCAAGCUACGUGGGCAGAGCAUUGAGUCCCUUCCUCUGGUGAGCCAAAUUUAUAAUCCUAUUGAGAAAACAGUGGGUAGAAAAUCACAGUCAUCAACUGACCGCCACAGUCAAUCGCUGGAUGAUGUGCGGCUGUAUCACAAGGGCUGCCAGCAGUGGGCAGAAUCAUGCCAGGACACGGCACAGAGUUACACAUUUGGUUGUGACCAGGACCUUUGUGAUGGUGGAUACCAUGGGCUUGCAGAGCAGGGCCCUGGUGCACGUGAUGAUCACGUCAUUCCAAUUAAAAGGACCAGCAAGUACUUCUCCUUGGAUCUCACCUGUGAUGAAGUGCCAGAGUUUGUAGUAUAAUGACUGAGCUGGCUCACCAGAUGCAGAAAGGGAUGCAAGAAGGUGGAGCAUGCAGAGUGAUAGAGGCUGGGAUAGAGCAGGUCAUACUCUUCCUAAAAAAUUAAACCAAACAAGAGAAGAUUAGGGUCAUGUCUAAUUUCCACCAUGUGUCCAUGAGUCAUAAGCCAGGUUUGUGGUUCAUGUACAUGAUGAGCACACAACAUGAAUGAUAUUUUUGACACGGCUGCUGUUGAAAUGCAUACAGUAGAUAUAUUGCCAGCAUCAUUUAAAAAAAUAUGGAAAUUUCCUUCAUGGCUUACAGUAUGUUACUAUAAACACUGUUAUACCGUCUUAUAGCUAGGUUCCUGAUAGAACUAUUAACAGUGACAGUGGCCAAAAGCAUUUCCUGCCUUAGAUAGCAUCUAAUGUGAUACAUUUGCAGCUCUGCAAGGCUGCUAAAAAACAAACAGCACUCUUGUCUACUUUUAGCAGUAGGAACACAAGCAUGAAGCUUCUUGCUUGUCAUCAUGUGAUCAACAAUGGAUGCCACAACCAAUUUCACAUAUGCAAUGAAAAAGGAGAGUCAUCUAUUAUCCAAGACCUGGGUGAGCUAAAAACCAAACACAGACUUUUCUGAAUCUGCUUUGUGAAAAUAAACUUCAGAACAUUUUAAUUAAAACCUUAUAAAAUUUGAAGGCAUACUAAAUCCCUGUGAAACCUCCAUAACUAUGCAGCAUGCACAAGCGCAAUGUCAUACUCUUCAAAUUGCACAGGCUAAUGAGAAUGUGUUUUGUGUACAUUUUGAUGAUUUGAUGGAUGGUUUCCACUUUUUUUUUGUAACCUGUCAUUUGACUGACUAAUAUUCUCCCCUAUCAUUGCAGUGUAAUUUGACAGCUUUGCAUAGGCCUACUUUUACUGAAAUGUAUGGUUUUGUUUGCAGGAAGAGAAAUCCUGUAAGAAUGAACUUACUCAAAAGCAUUUUGUGCCUUUUAAAACAUACUUGCCUUGACAAUCACAACCUAUUUAACUGAAAAUAAGCAAGAAACAGAAAUUAUUCCAAUAAUUUAAUUACUACUACUAUUUCAAUGAGUGCAAUGACUAUGAAAGGGCAGGCAAUUUUAUAAUUAUAUUAUUAUACUUAAUAUGUUAUGAAUCUGUCCUUGGUUCAUAUCCAAAAAAUUGCACGAUUAGCUGCUUUUCAAACUAGUUCAGUAGGUUUUGUAUGUCCCUUGAGGACUAUAUGUUCUUACAUGUUGCAUGAUACUUUAAAUCAGAUGCCAAAAACAGAGCAAUGAACAAAACCAAAAGCAUAUAUCAACAAGACAGAUAAAGCUGGUAAAACAUUUAAGAUUCUUGUUGAGUUUAUUGUAAAUUACAGAACAUGUUUAUGCAAGAAAUAUAAUUGGAAGUUGUUACUUGUUUAUGUUUUUAAUACAUUAUUAUUUAAUACAAUAUUUUUUCAUCGAAUCAUAUUGUAUGGUUAUAAACAUAUUGUUUUUAUUUGCCAGUAUUACAAUGUAGACGACAGUAUUAAGAUGUGUCAUAUUGCAAUUUGCCCUUUUUUAUUCUGAUGCUUUUAUUUUACGUUUUAUAAAAAUAAAUAUUUUUAAAACUGCAUUAUCAUGACUUGGCUCUCAGCAUUGUCCAUUAUUCAACUCGGCAUUUUUUACUGUUUUCUUUGUAAGGCUGGACAUUUAAUAAUAAUAAUAAAAAAAGAAUAUAGCAUCCUGUAGUAAAAUACCAAAAAAAUGCAUAAAUACAAACCAGAUGUUAAACAUCUGGAAUUUUUGACUUAGGUAGAUUAUUGUGGAUGUAGCAUUACUGUAUAUGUUUAAAAUAUAACUUCACUCCCUGUAUGCAAUAGACUUAAUAAAUGUUCAGCUUCGUAUACCAUAACCUGAUAUCUGCACAAUUCCACAUUUCCAGUAAGUAAAUGUAUGCAAACAAGGACAAGUAAAAAGCAAUAAAAUGUCUUUUUUACAUGUGAACUAUCAUGUUUCCCCUGUUGGACGACAAAUAAAUAUUAUUUGCCUAA